GCAAGAUUGUCGAGGAGGCCUGCACCUGUGAGCUGUGGAAUCGGUGUAAAAAUCAACUGUUUCAGCUGCUAAACAAAAGAGGCUGUAUCCAUACAUACCUCCAUCAAAUGAGUGUGCUUCUAUCUUCUCUGAUUCCAUCUCUGCGGCCGACAUGAGGAUAUAAGGUAUGGCAACAAUGUCCAGACUGAGAGCGGUUCUGAUAGACCUCAGCGGUACUAUACACAUAGAGGAUGCUGCCAUACCAGGAGCAGUAGCUGCAUUACAAUGCCUACGAGAAAGAACAACAAACAUCAAGUUUGUAACCAAUACCACAAAGGAGAGCAUGACCACGCUUCACAGUCGUCUCUCAAGGAUUGGGUUUGAUAUCAAACAGAAUGAGAUCUUCUCUUCCCUUACUGCUGCACGAAACAAGGUCCAGGAAAUGGGCUGUAGACCAAUGCUGCUACUCCAAGAGAGUGCAAAGGAGGACUUCAAAGAUAUAUGUACAGAUGAUCCAAACUGUGUUGUAGUGGGUCUAUCUCCGGACAGUUUCAACUACAGAACAUUAAACCAAGCAUUCAGAUUAAUCCUUGAUGGCCAUCCCCUUAUCGCGAUUCACAAGGCCAAAUACUUCAAGAGGCAAGAUGGGUUGGCCCUUGGACCAGGAGCGUUUGUGGAAGGGUUGGAGUACGCGACAGGGGUCAGGGCUACGGUGGUGGGCAAACCAGAGAGGGCGUUCUACCAAGAGGCUCUCAAGACGAUGUCUUGUGCACCCGAAGAGGCAGUGAUGAUUGGAGAUGAUGUGGAAGGUGAUGUACAAGGAGCACAGACAAUCGGCAUGAAAGGCUUCCUUGUGAAAACAGGGAAGUAUAGACCAGGCGAUGAAGGGAAGAUAACUCAACCUCCGGCGGAGAUAUGUGAGGACUUUCCUGCAGCUGUCGAGCUAUUGCUGAAGGAAUACUUAUGACAGGAUAUCACAUGAAGUGAAUUUGUGAUUCAUGUAUACAUUUUCAUCAUGCUUAUUACAGUAUAACUUAUUGUGCAAUCUCUAGUACUUGCAACAUUAUACAAGUCAGUAUUCAUGAAAGAUAUGAUCAGACUGUGAAAAUUGAUAAUUGUGCCUUUCUUAAAGAGGUGACAAAACAGGAGGAAAGGAUGGAACUUUUCAAGCAUCAAGUGUUUCUUCUUGGAGGGGGGGGGGGGGGGGGGGGGGGUCAGCCCACAAAAUUCCAGAUUGGGUACCGGUAGUUAUUUUGCUCAGCAGUUUGUGAUAUUUUGUUGUUAAUUCAUUCGUUUUCCAUUAACACUUGUUCAUACUGAUAAGAUCAACUUUUAUGUACAUUUUAUCUUGACAUUGGAGUUUUCAUUGCUUCUCUAAAUUCUACAAAUGUUAUUUAUUUAAAACAAAUUGUGUUACUCAUUUUUUUUAUUGUAUUUCUUUUUGAAAAUAUAAUGG